AUGAUCAACAACGCUCAUAUUGCUCGUGAGACGGUGGACCACCUGAUAAGCACCGCCAGGAUUCCCAAAGAAGAUUUGGGCGAGCGAUUCGUCUUUCACUUGCUCAAACGUUCCAUGGAGGCUGACACACGCACCACAUGGGAACAGAAGCUGGGAACAUCAACGAAUUUCAUACCUCUGCAGGAGUUAGUCAACUUCCUGGAGUCAACAGCAAGAGGCAUGACUCCAGAUGAUCAACACGAACCAACGGUUCAUCAACGGCCAAAAGAGAAAAUUCAACGUGGAAAAUCACCACCUCGAGCACGCGUUUAUCAUGCCGCCGAAACAACAACUCAACGAAAGGAGCCUCAACAUAUUAAGCCUGCUGAUUGCUGUGCGUAUUGCAACGCCAAGCAUUUCAUUGGAAAGUGCCCAUCAUUUCUCAGCCUCUCAGCGCAGAAAAAACUAGCGUUUCUGGCAACAACUCGACUAUGUUAUAACUGCUUCGGUACACACCUGGUGACGAAAUGCAAGUGCACCAAAUCUUGCAUGAAAUGUCAACACAGGCACCACACGCUGUUGCACAUGGACCCAAAAGACAGAGAGAGAACAACGACAUCGACAAUCAACAGCGGUCCAGAGCAACCAUCAACGAGUGCGGAAUCAGUCAACGAGAAAUCAACAGCUUCAACGACUAGCCAGGGGAUUUACGCCCCCCUGAGUCAAGCCGAAGAAUCUACUCAACGGAAAUCGGUCAACGCAGAGGACGCUAAGUUCUCCCACAAAUCAACGGAUCAACGACUAGUGCUCUUGGCUACGGCUAAAGCCAGGGCAUUCUCCAAAAGCGGAUUCUACACGAUCGCCAGAAUCCUCAUCGAUCAAGGCUCAGAGCUUUCAUUUAUUUCGGAAAGCCUGGUUCAUCAACUUCAACUACAACGACGACAUUCAACGAUCGAACUCAUCGGAAUUGGUGGAAAACACGCAUGUUCAACGAGAGGGAUUGUGGCAAUCACGCUCCAAUCAACGAAACAGCCAUUUCAACAAGUUGAGAUCAACGCCCACAUCCUGCAAAAGCUAACCUCACGGUUACCAACGUUCUCAUGCUCAUCUGCAUCAAUCGGAUCACUGCAGCAGCUUCAACUGGCAGAUGAGAACUACUCAACACCUGGACCUAUCAACGUAAUUAUCGGAGCUGACAACUACGGGAAAAUCAUCGGCAACGGGAUUAAAAAAUCCAACGAUGAUCAAUUAGUUGGCCAACUAACAACAUUCGGAUGGAUAAUAUCGGGUCCAUUAUGCAACACAACGUAUUCAACGAGGACCUCCUUAUCCGCGGCAAGGGGAUCUUCCAACGAACAAUUAAUGGAGCUUCUACAAAGAUUCUGGGUCCAGGAAGAACCACCAAUCUCAACAAAUCCAACCAACGAGCUCACACCAGACGAAUUAGAGUGUGAAGAACACUUUCAACGCACGCAUCAACGAGACACGUCUGGGCGCUACAUUGUGCGAUUGCCACUUCGCACAUCAACAGCAGCGCUCGGAGAAUCGAAAAGUAAAGCGCUUCGUCAACUCCAGUCGGUGAAACGAAGACUAAACGCUAAUCCUGACUACAGCAAACUCUACUAUGACUUUAUCAACGAAUACGAAGCACUUGAUCACAUGCGACGUAUACAACAAGUAUCAGAACCAGCAACAAACUACUACCUGCCACAUCAUGGGGUUCUGAGGGAAGAUUCGCUAACCACGAAGCUUCGAGUAGUCUUCAACGGCUCCAACAAGACAUCAACGGGUAUCUCACUCAACGACAUCCUCCACGCGGGCGGAAAGCUCCAAGUGGAUGCAAUGGAUGUACUCACAUGGUUAAGACGACAUCGACUCGUCUUCGGCACCGACAUCGUUAAGAUGUUUCGACAAAUCAACGUACACCCUGACGAUUGGAAUCUUCAACGCAUUCUUUGGAUAGACGAAAAUCAACAACUUGUGACAUAUCAACUAACAACGGUCACAUAUGGACAGAAAUGCUCUCCAUGGCUCUCUUUGAGAGUUCUUCAACAACUCGUCAACGAUGAAGGUCAACGAUUCCCUGCAGCAGUGCUACCGCUAACUAAAGGCCGUUAUGUCGACGACAUUUACGGUGGAGCGGACUCUGAGGGAGAAUUCAAAGAAAUGAUAAUUCAACUUCAACAGAUCUGCCAGGCGGGCGGAUUUCCACUUCAAAAACGGACCAGUAAUCGCCCAGAGAUACUCCAACGGCUCAACUUGUCAACGGGACCGGCAGGUACAGUGCAAUUCGAGGAAGCAGUCAUCAAAACGCUCGGAUUGUGCUGGCAUCCAGCAACAGAUUUAUUUCAAUAUAAAUCUAGAACAUUCAACUCAACGAGCUUCACCAAGAGGGUACUGCUAUCGGAAAUAGCUCAGAUUUUCGAUCCUCUUGGAUUCAUCGCACCAGUGAUUGUUCGAGGAAAAAUACUCAUCCAAGAACUAUGGCUGCUCAAACUCGCUUGGGAUGAUCAACUUCCACUCGACUAUGUUCGAAGGUGGAAAGAGUUCAGGGAGGAACUCACGCAACUAAAUCAACUGUCAAUCCCAAGAUGGCUAAAUCUAUCUCCAACGACUACCAACGUACAAAUACAUGGAUUUGCCGACGCAUCAACAGCUGCCAUGGGAGCAGUCGUUUAUUUACGAGUUCAACGAGACAACGAAACACCAACAAUCAGCUUGGUGUGUGCAAAAACAAGAGUUGCACCACUGAAAAAGCUGACGAUUCCACGCCUGGAGCUAACCGCGGCCCUUCUGCUAACAAAAUUCCAUCCAUCGAGAUGGAAGGAAUUCGUUUACAAUAGAGUAACGAAAAUCCAGGAAGAGUUACCAACAGCCGUAUGGAGACAUGUUGGUGGGAUUUACAACCCUGCUGACUGCGCUUCACGUGGCAUUUCACCGAGUCAACUCAACGAACAUCACCUUUGGUGGAAAGGGCCUGACUGGCUAGCAAAACCGCCGUCAGACUGGCCACAAAAUACAACCAGUGCUCCAACGGAAGUCUCUCUUGAAGAGAGACCAGCAACAGCUCACUCAGUAGCUUCUGAAGCUAGGCAGCAUCCACUGACAGAGUUCCUCAACAGAUAUUCUACUUUAUCAAAAGUAUUACAAGUCACCGCAACGAUGAAUCGAGCCAUCCAACGACUUCGACGACAACCAACGCCCGAUUCAUCAGUAUUAACAACGAUAGAACUCAACGAAGCGAGGACAUUCUGGGUUAAGGUAACACAACACCAAUACUUUGAAUCUGUGUUUCAGAACUUGAACAGAGAUAUUCAACUACCUCGCCAACAUCCACUGGCCAAGCUCACCCCGAGAAUUGAUGAUCAAGGAAUUCUCAGGCUUGGUGGACGACUAAAGAACUCAUUGCUUGAUCCAGACGAGACUCAUCCAAUUAUCUUACCACGACAAUCUCGCCUGACAACGCUCAUCAUCAACGAAGCUCACCAGAAAACACUCCACGGAGGAGUUCAACUCACCAUGGCUUACACCAGACCGAUAACAAAACUUUGCUUGCUACCAACGGACCCAACACCAGCAGACCAACAAGAUGACAACUAG